GUGACACUUACAGUAAUGUUUGUAAGGCGAGACUGGUAAGUUGCACAACCUUGCGUGGGCAACACUGCAGGUAUAUAAGAGCGGGUACCCAAGGGCACACAGCCUCAGCCAUGAACUUGACCCCAGCCACCAACAUGCAUCUCUCAGCUGUAGUUGUGUUACUGGUGGUGGUGGUGGUUGAGGCUGUGCCCAACCCAGCUUUCAACUACGCCUACGUCAUCCCAGCUCAAUACAACAACCCAGCAGCCAGGCUGGCUGGUGCUCCCUCACAACAACAGUGGACCCAGUUCGUGGAGAGGGCCGGUCCUAGUUACUCCUACGGAUAUGAGUUUCCGGGUCAAGUGCACUACGAAGCCAAGGACGACCAACGGACUGUCAAGGACACCUUCAGCUAUGUUGAUGCCAACGGGCUACCAGUAUUAUGGCAGUACUUAAGUUCUCCCAGUCAAGGCUUCAGCACUAUCGUCGACACAGGAAAUCCUGCUGCAGCAGUUCCAAGCAAGGUGGAUGCCGUAGCCGGAGUGUACAGCCAGCAGGAGACGCCGGGAACGAGGCUUUCCGAGGUGCGAGUGCAGUCCCAGGGCGUGGAAGUUGAAUCUUCGGAGCCCAGCUUGAAAGUCACUCUUUCGCCACUCCUGAAGCAGGCCGCCGUCGCCGGGGAGGUGCUACCAGCGGGCAGGUCACCUUCAGGAGCACCGCAGUUCGUGGUGUCGCCGAAGGUGGCUGCUGAGGCUGGUGGUGUGUCGGAGCUGGCCGUCCGUCUGGGGGCGGUGCCAGUGGCCGCCGUCCACGACGUCCAGAUGAGACCAGAUUUCGGUGACGCCCGAGCGGAGGACUUCGCACCUGUCCUGAUUCACUCAGAGCAGCCCAAAGUCACCGUGUACGCGCUGGAGGUGCCCUACCAGUAGAGAUGACCAGGCGUAACUACUCUCACAUAGCACUUGUCAACUCAUAUCGCCUCGACAGCUGUGGAAAAGUGGCUCUUCAGGUCGAAGCCGAAGCGCAAAACUAAACUUCACUCAGUAUCUCGUGAGGAUGCUACAUCUAGUUUACUCAGUAUCUCGUGAGGAUGCUACAUCUACUUUACUAUCUCCUGAGGAUGCUACAUCAAUGUACACGCAGAUUCAUUCUAAUUUUAGUGAAAUUUCUCGUAAGAACGGAUGCAUGGUGAACUAUUUCACCAUUGCCUACCAUACACCAUCCACAACAUCACUUACCACUCGCCUCUCUUAUUAUUACUAUUAUUGUAUUUAGAGGGAAGCGCUAAGCCUGUAGGGCUCCUGUAGCGCAAGGAGAUUGGAGAAUAAUCAGGCUUGAUCUAACGAAGAGGAUGGCAAGUUCGAUUCCUUCGAUCAAGAGCCCCUCCUCGGCAUCGAGGAACAUAGCCCUCAAUGCCGAUCACUGGUUGAAAGUACAAUGUUGCUUCCCAGUUAAUUUAUGCAUUAACUGACUAGAGCUUUUAUGCUGCUGGCACUAGAAUGCAUCUUGCACUUCUCUCAUGAUAAACCUGUCGCUCUGCAAGAAGCACAUGUCGCUCUGCAAGAAAGACUGUGUUGCUCUGCAAGAAACACAUGUCACUCUGCAAGAAACACAUGUCACUGCAAGAAACAUGUCACUUUGCUGAUGUAGUCUUCAGUCUUAGCUUUGGCCUCAUGCCGCUAUAACGUAGAUAGAUCGCUGGCUACAUAGUUUUGUUUCCUCUACAGAAAAGCCUGAUAGAGGUGGACCCGCUUACCUAAUUCGUUAUAAACGGCUGUUCUAAAUAGAAGCUUUAAGCUUGCCAGAUUCUCAGAGCUCUCACAUCUCUCACCGUCGUCUUGGCCAGUGUGUAAUCUUCUUGGCUGUUGUGUCAUCUUCUUAGCCAUCGUGUCAUCUUGGCCCUCUUGUCAUGGUUGUGGACACUGUGUCAUCUUUGUGGCCAUUGUGUCAUCGUGGCCAUUGUGUCAUCUUCGUCCUGAUCAUCAUCUCGUCAUUAUCCUGGUUAUCAUGUUAUACUUGGAGUAUACCUGGAGGAUGUUUCGGGGGUCAGCGCCCCCGAGGCCCGGUCCAUGACUGAUCUAGUAAAGUCUGGGACUGAAAUAAUAGAAAACGGUUAACCCAGACUGGCCACAGAAAACAAUCAACCCAGACUGAUUGUAAAAUAUAACCCGUAGUGAUCACAGAAAACGACUAGCGUAGACUGAUUACAGAAAACGACUAACCCAGACUGAUUACAGAAAACGAUUAUCAAGUACAGGAAGAUUCACUUUGGGAACACAGACAAGAUGGUAGAUGUGAGGGAACACUGUUGCUGCUAACAUAGUUUUGUUUUCAACAAUGGUAAAUAUUUGUGUUUACAUGUGUUUACACGUAUGGUUGGUGUGUAUCUAUGUGUUGAUAAUACUGACCCGCCUCCUAUCAGUAGGUUUUGCUCCUGGUAACACCUGUGUUUGGGCAUUAUAUGAUGUAAAUCAUCAUUAUCAGUUAGAAAUAAUGACUGUCACCCUGUGUAAUUUAAUGGUAAAUAAAGACUUUGAUUUGA